AUGUCAUCGUUUUAUCGAACAUUAUCAUACAGUAAGUUACAUAUUUUUGUUGUACUUUUAAUGAUUUGUAAUCGAUUAACAAAUUCACAAAAUACAACAACUACGAUACUAAUUAAUUCAACUGAAAUGUCAAGUACUGCAAAUUCUGUCAUCACAUCUGUCGAGACUAAUUUAACAGUAACUUCGAGCGUAACUUCUGUAUCGAAUAAUCUAACGAACCCGUCGGAUAUAUCAACAACAACAACAAUAAUUACACCAGUUAAUACCUUUAUGACUUCAUCAAUAACAUCGCAAGUUGUUAAUACUACUUCUUUGCCAGAUGAACCAUCAGGACCGGGCUGGUGGUUAUUAGUUGCUCUACUUAUAACAAUAGUUUUCGUGAUUAUUGCAGGUGUUAUUUUCUAUCGUCGACAACAAUAUCCAAAUAGACGAAUUACCUCCUGUUCGCAAUGGUAUAGAAAUUGCAAUUUCAGAUUUCUUCAAAAUUGUCGAUCAUAUGAUGAUGAUACAGAUAAUAUUAUUUUACAACUUGAACAGUCCGAAGUAACCAAUGAUCAAUGGCCACCUCGAAUCUCUUUUACUUAA